ACGGUCGGUUAGCGGGAAACCCUGAAAAGGAUAUAUUCAGUUUUUUCAGAUGAUACACAACUAUAGAGUGUCUAAUGUCGGGAACAAAUGUACGUAAUUAAUAAAGUUUAAAAAUACCAGAAUUAAAAUAAUUAAAAAAAUAAAUUUGUGAAAGGGGUGUAAUAUUGCGCAGAGGAAUGUUAUACUUGGUCUAAUUACCGAAACUUGUAAAAAAGUUGAUUUAAUAUGUCUUUGGACAAUCCUCAAGUGCUGUGGAUAUUCUAAUAAAUUCUAUUGCAUUGUGGAUAGCAAUAGAAGCUUAAUUAACAAAAUGGAUUUCAUCUUAAGCCAUCUACAUCGGCCGAAACGGGAGGCCAAUUUAAAGGAAUUUCUCUCACAUCUCUUUGUGGACUGCAUGGUAAAGUACAAAAACCAGUCACAGCAGCUAAAUGAAACGUCGGCCAGCAGCACAGAAUAUCCCACAGCAAUACCACGUUACGUUGAAGAUGCCAUACUGAAUGAGGGUUCCAUCGAUAUUGAAAAUGUCGAUGUGACCGAUGCUGAACGUAAUGAACUGUAUGCCACAAUAAGUGCAGCUACACUGACACCAAAUCUAAUUACCACACAAACCGAUGCACCAUCUGAUGCUACCACUCCAUCAUCGGCCCUGCAAUAUUCUACCGCUCUCGUGCUAAACGCCAGUGAAAAGGGUUCAACCACAACAACACCAUCUACACCCGGUGGACAAUUGUUUUGUCCACUUCGUUUCGACGGUUAUCUCUGUUGGCCACGUACGCCAGCUGGCACUGUGUUGAGUCAGUAUUGUCCGGACUUUGUUGAGGGCUUUAGUAGUAAAUUUCUGGCCCAUAAAACUUGUUUAGAAAAUGGCACUUGGUAUCAUCAUCCGGACAGUCUACAAGAAUGGUCAAAUUAUACAAACUGUAUAGAUUACGAGGAUUUAGAGUUUCGUACGUUCGUCAAUGAGCUGUAUGUAAAAGGCUACAGUGUAUCCUGUGUGGCAUUAUUCCUGUCAUUGAUAAUAUUUUUGGGUUUCAAGUCCUUACGAUGCACCCGGAUACGUAUCCAUGUUCAUUUGUUUGCAUCGUUGGCAUUUACAUGUAUCACCUGGAUUAUGUGGUAUAAACUUAUUGUCGAAGAUCCACAGAUUAUACGUGACAAUCCGUACUGGUGCAUAAUACUUCAUUUGGUCAUCCACUAUUUCAUGUUGGUCAAUUACUUUUGGAUGUUCUGUGAGGGAUUACAUCUUCAUUUGGUAUUAGUUGUGUACCCCUUAUGUUUUCCACCAAAGGUCUUCGUCAAGGACACCAUUGUGAUGCGUUGGUUCAAAAUCUUCUCCUGGCUAUCGCCGUUGAUUUUUGUGGCAGCAUACGGAGUGGCACGAUACUUUCAUCCCGAGGACAAUAAACAUUGCUGGAUGAAUGAUAGUUUUUUGCUUUGGAUAUUUUCGGUGCCGGUGUGCAUAUCUUUGGUAUCAAGUUUCUUUUUCCUCAUCAAUGUCCUGCGUGUUAUUGUGCGAAAAUUACAUCCACAAUCAGCCCAACCGGCCCCCUUGGCCAUACGCAAGGCAGUGAGAGCCACCAUUAUUUUGGUCCCCCUGUUUGGGCUGCAACAUUUUCUGCUGCCCUAUCGUCCGGAUUCCGGCACCCCUUUGGAGCGCUUCUAUCAACUGCUGUCUGUCAUUUUGGUUAGCCUGCAGGGUUUUGUGGUGUCAUUCCUGUUCUGUUUUGCAAAUCAUGAUGUGACGUUUGCUGUGCGUAGUCUGCUAAAUCGUUUGAUGCCCAGCAUUGUGUCACCGCCACCUCCGACGAGCAGCACAGGUCAAGUGGCCACAACUACUCCCAGUCGGGAGUUGGGUGUUUAAGAGAUCAAUCUGUUUGGACAUAUAAAAAUGUCAUAUAUUUCAACAUAAAUGUAACCCUCCAAAUUAAAUGUACAACCUAUAUGACACAUGAUAAUAUUAAGAAGAACAAAAAAAAAAAAAAAAACACAUGAACAACAAAGCAUAUAAUCGUACCUUACGCAUCUAAUAGAGUUUGAUCUGUUUAGGUUCGAAAUCUCUAGAGAGAAAAAAUCAACUAUUUAUAAUUUUUUUCAGUAUCCGUGCAUUUAUUUUCGAACAUUCUCUACUAUUAUUAAUUAUUGUGAUUAUGAAAUAUUAAUACUCUACCUGAUAACAAAUAUAAAAAGAACAAAUAAAGAUGUAUGUAUAUGUGUGAAUGCAGUAUGUAUGUAUAGUCUAAGUGAAAAGAAAAUGU